UCUCAUUCUUCUUGAUUCAAAUUCAACUGCAACUGUUCCAUAAAUAAUAAAUAGAUAGAUCGGUGGUGUGUUGCGUCUAAAAUCCAAAAGUAGACGACCACCGUAACGCAGCACCCACCUGAUCCCGAUCCCAACCUCAAUAAACCAAACCAUUCGAAGGUCGCUUUUUUGUUUAAAAACAAAACAAAAAAUGUCAUCAUGGUUUGCUCGUUCCCUUGCAAACUCUCUCCGACUCGAUGAUGAUGAUGAUGGUGACAUUCAAAACGACAUCGUAACCGAAUCUCCAACCACCUCACCUAGAAAUAAUGAUUACCAACAACAACAAGAUAAUAAUGCAAUUGAAUCAGAAGAAGAAAAUGAUGAAACAUUGCAAGGUCGUGGUGUUAAAGAAGACCUCGACGAAAUCAAACAAACCCUAACUCGUCAAUUUUGGGGUAUGGCUUCUUUUCUCGCUCCUCCUCCUUCUUCAACUAUUUCUCAAGAUGAACAUGAACAACAACGGCAAGUUGAUGACGAUAUAAUUUCGAAUCAAAAUUCGGAAAUGGAACAAGGUGUGUUCCGUCGGGAUGAUCCUGAACCGAAUUCGAAUACAUUCGGAUCCGAUUCAGAAGGAGAACAUGAAAGGGAAUUUGAUAUACAGUGUGCGGUUGGAAUUACGGAGGAGGUUUUGACUUUUGCAAUGAAUAUUGCUAUGCAUCCUGAAACUUGGUUGGAUUUUCCAAUUGAUGAGGAAGAUGAUAACGACGAUUUUGAAAUGUCUGAGGACCAACGAGAUCAUGCUAUGGUCGUUGAGAGGCUUGCUCCCAGAUUAGCUGCGCUAAGAAUUGAAUUGUGCCCUUGUCAUAUGAGUGAAAGUUACUUUUGGAAAGUCUAUUUUGUACUUUUGCAUUCAAGGCUUAAUAAACAAGAUUCUGAGGUUUUGUCUACACCCCAGGUCAUGGUAGCCAGAUCAAUGUGGAUGCAGGAAUUGCAGAAACAAACAAAGCCUGAAUUUGAAAUUUUCGGAAGAAGUGAUCUCUACUCAAGAGACAAUGCUCAGCAUCAUGAUUCUACUCCCAGCUUAUCCGAUGACACCUAUUCUGAUGACAUGCCUCAUCGGACAUACGGAUAUAGAACAACCUCUUUGUCUAUGAUGGCAGAUAAUGAGUCUGAAAAGUACACAAUUGAAAGUUCUGGAUCACAUUUAUCGGAUAAGUCGGUUAUUGAGGAAAAUCCAAGUAAUAAAACUGAAAACAAAGAUCUAAAAAGUGGUCGAGCUUCUCAAAUUAUGAUUCAGGACUAUGAUGAUGACGAUGAUGAUUGGCCAGACGAUGAUUCUGAUUUAGGGGGAUAUAGUGGAACACCACUCCCUAUUGUGAAUGAAGAAGAUAUAUCUUUCAGCGAUCUCGAGGAUGAUGAUUAUGGCAUUAAACAUGUUAGUAGCAAUUCAGAUUCAAAGGUGGUGUGAACUUCAGAUGACACGACUGAGGUGAUUGUAGGGGCACUGGAACCUCACACGGAACAAGAAAUCAAAAAGAGAAUUGCCAGAUGUUUGGUAAAAACAUGGAUACUGGUGUGUGAAAUCUAUCUUUUUUGUCCACAUAAUGGUGAGCGAAGUUACAGAAAUGCUGUGAUGAUAUUUGAGGCUGUUAAAGAACUUGUUAAUGCCUUUUUCCCUACAAUUUUUUGCCGCAAGGCUAGGUGGGUUUGAAGGUGAAUCUUGUAUUUCAAAACAACUCAAAUGGAAAAGAAAAAGCAGAGCCAAGAAAAGCAAUCUGAUGUUUGAUACGUGUUUUUUAGAUAUCGAAAACAGGGUUGUGGGUUGAAAUAUGAGCAUCAAUUUCAGGGACAACUUUUGUUUUAAGACACAUCAUAUAGGUGCAAGAAUGUAUAUAAAAUGCCUUGUUUGUCGUCAAAUAUCAAAUAUAGAUUUGAUUUUUUUCAUUGAUUUAUGGUGGAUGUAAUAGGGUUCGGGUUUCUACCCCGGUGUUGUUCUCCUGAAUCCUAAUUGCCUUGGUGUGUCAACUGUGUUUGAAAACCAUAGUGAUUAUUUCAAUAACUUGAUUGAUGAUCAACUGGAAUGUGUUUUUCAUCUUAGAAUAUACCUCUUCAGGAUUCUUGGCGUAAAAUUUUCAUGUUGAACUCGGGAGAACCCAAAGGUUAUUUUUUCUGAAAUGAUAAAUAUUAGUGUUUGUAGUA